UGUUGGCUAGCAACAUUAAUUGUCUAUGAUUAUCUAUGUUUUCUAUAUUUCAUAUCAUUGUCUAUGUUCAACUUCCUCUUCCGUUUCUGCUCUUCACACGAAAAUACACGGAUCAAUCACAAUUCCCGUUUAUUAUUACUCCCACGAGCUUCAAGCACCCCCAGGGCCUACAAACCAACCACAUACAGUCCACUCCGCUCCAUGGUCCUUCUCGGAUCGAGGGGUAAGCUGGGAAGUACGACAAACGCAAAAUCCGUGCGAACUAUUUUCGAGCUUCGCGCCAUACAAGUUCAAAAAGGGCGCCAUCUUGCAGCUCCACGCAAAUUAUCCAUCGUGGUGUGCAACAAGAACGCAGCGGAAGGUGCAAUUUCGAUCGUCGAGGUUGGCAAGACUGCGCUGAGAUCAGCGCCACCAACAACCAAUCAGCGAGCGCGAAUCAGCGAGUCUGCGCUAAGAACGGUGCCAUCGACCAAUCGGCGCGCGCGAUUCUGCGGGCCGAGAGCAUCCGGCGCACGAAGAUACCGCCGACUGUCAGCCGAGCCGCCGCAGCCGUCAAAGUCGCAAACAAAAGUGCAAAGCAGAAAAAAUUCAACUCACGCCGCCAUUUUUCGGUUGACAUCGAACAAUAUUUUAGUAUUAGUGACUAUAAGUGCUAAAAGUUAAGUGGUGCAAUUGUAUUUACAACCAAAAAUGGAUUUAAAAAAACUUAAAUCCGCAAGGGGCUUCGUAAAAGAUGGUUAUACGUCUCGGGCAUAUCAACUCGAGCGGGACCUGGACGCCGAACCCAGCCUGGAGGAUUUACUCUGCUAUCUGGACAAAAGGGCUCUGGCGCUGGAGGGCACCGACCAGGGUCUUCACCAACAACAACCCCAAGCAAGAUACGGGAAGGUAGCAGCACACGCAGCCGCAGCUGACAAGCCGCCAACCUGCUUAAAUUGUGCUAUUGCCGGAGAAGAGCAGUGUGACUCCUGCCAACAACAGCGGGAAGCAGUCGCCAGCUGAGAAUGAUCUGCACAUCUUUAACACACACUUCGGCCACAUCAUCGGAGGGAGUCUGCCGACAGGUUCCAUUAAGGGUCAAAUAUUAUGUAAUAAGGUAGUGCUAAAAUGUGAAAUGGAUCUCAAUGAAACACUAGGCCAAUUUUGGACAAAUGAAAAAGUACCUGAAAUAUUUUCAGAGAAGUCUCCAGAACAUGAGCUCUGUGAGCAAAUAUUCCAAAAUUCAGUAGAACUCAAAGAUAAACAGUUUCAAGUUCCAUUGCCCUUGAAAUUACCUCUGUCUGAAGUAAAAGAGACACUAGGUGAUUCAUUUAAUUUGGCUCUGAAAAGAUUUCAUAACUUAGAAAAGAAAUUAAUGGCAAACCCAGAGCUAUUCAUGCAAUAUAAACAAUUCAUACAUGAAUUUUUAUCUCUUGGUCAUGGUCACUAUGUCGACAUUGAGAUGUAUGACAUCAAUAAACAGGCAGCUUACUACAUGCCUCACCAUGCAAUAAUUAAGCCAGAGAGUAAAACAACAAAAGUACGCUCGGUGUUUGAUGCGAGCAUGAAAACAAACAAAAAAGUAUCAUUGAAUGACUUACAGUUGAAUGGUCCUGUGGUUCAGAGAGAUCUAUUUGAUAUUAUGCUGUUGUUCAGAUUAGGUAGGUAUACCAUUACCUCAGACAUCAAGCGCAUGUUCAGGAACAUCCUGGUAGAUCCAGCGUUCACAUCGCUGCAAAACAUUCUCUGGAGGGACGAUCCCAGUCAACCUAUAAAAUGCAUUAGACUAGAUAGGGUAACCUAUGGUCUCAAGAGUUCGAGUUAUUUAGCUACUAGAUGUUUAAUAGAACUAGCUAACAGGUAUGAGAAUGAAUAUCCCUUAGCUGCAUUCAUACUAAGGAACAACACUUAUGUCGACGACGUGUUGUAUUCUCACAAUGAUUUAGCCACAGUAUGUGAAGCUAAACAACAAUUAUGCUCGUUAUUGAGUUUAGGCAGUUUUAACACUCAUAAGUGGUCCUCCAACAACGAGUUGGUUUUGUCAGAUAUACCAUUGGAGGAUCAACACUUUGACAGUAUUGAUUUGCAAAAAGACAACUACAAUAUGAAAACCCUAGGUCUUCAGAUUAAUACUAAAGAGGAUAAUUUUAUCAUAACUUCACCAGGAACGUUCGAUACAAAUCUACUCACAAAAAGAAGCAUACUUAGUUAUAUAGGUAGGUGCUACGAUCCGAUCGGUUUCAUAAAUCCGAUAAUAGUAGUAGCAAAAUCAAUAAUGCAGAAGUUAUGGAUCAACAACACAGAUUGGAAUUCAUGCCCUCCAACUGAUGUAGAAAGGGAAUGGAUCCAAUUCACCGAAGACUUAAGAGUCAUGGAACCAAUUCAAAUCAAUAGAAAUGUAAGGUUUUCAGACGAAGACACAGUGGAGUUGAUCGGGUUUGCAGAUGCAUCCAGUUCCACGGCACACGGUUGUUGCAUCUAUCUGCGAGUAACCACCCCAACAGGUAAUACCACGUUACAUCUACUCUGUUCUAAGUCUAGAAUAAACCCUAUACAAAAAAAGGGGAUGACAGUGCCAAGGCUCGAAUUGAAUGCCGCACUAUUGUUAUCUAAAUUAAUGUCGAAAACAUACGACACAUUAAAAUUAAAAGUUAAUGUGAGCAAAGUUUACUUAUUUAGUGACUCACAGAUUGUCCUAGCAUGGCUCAAAAUGGAAUUAACGAAUUUACAAGCAUAUGUCGCAAACAGAGUAAAUGUAAUCCGUCAGCACACCGUCAGCUGGCAAUGGUUGUAUAUUAGUACUGAUAAUAACCCAGCUGACCUCGUAAGCAGAGGCGUCAGGCCGCAUGAGCUGUCAAGUUGCGAGCAAUGGUGGCACGGCCCACGUUUCCUGAAUGACAGUGAGUAUAACUUUCCUAUUACUGAAACGAACACUUCAUCUGAUUUACCAGAAGUGAAGCACUGCUUGGUGCUCUCCAGCGACCACGGGUCUCACACAGGCCCGCUCGAGUAUGUGUUGGAGCGCUUAGUCAGCAAUUGUUCUGAUCUUAGAAAGAUGGUUAGACUCUUAGCAUACAUAUUGCGAUUUCUAAACAAUAUGAAUAAAAAUAAAACUAAAAUAAAUCACGACUAUUUGUCCAGUGCUGAAUUAAAUUCCGCUUUAAUGCUUAUAAUAAAGUACGAACAACAUAAAUAUUUCGAAACAGAGAUAGAUUCUUUGUGCAAAAAUUACAAUCUAAAAGGAAACUUGUCAAAUUUACAUCCUUUUAUAGAUAACGAAGGCCUCCUGCGCGUAGGUGGUAGACUUGACCAUGCUGAUAUAACUUACAACCAAAAACAUCCAGUUAUAUUACCAAGAGAAUCUCACAUUACUACACUGCUUAUUAGAAGUGAGCAUGAAAGACUACUGCACGCAGGCCCUAAGCUAUUAUUAUCUAGUUUAAAUCAAAGAUUUUGGAUUUGUAAUGGAUUAUCAGAAGUUAAAAAAAUAACUCACAAAUGUAUUACAUGUUUCAGACAAAAGGCUACGGUAGCCAAACAACUCAUGGGUUCAUUACCGGCUAGUAGAGUAACCUCUACCAAUAGAGCUUUCGUGCGAGUAGGUGUAGACUUCGCUGGACCUAUCGAUGUUAAAUUGUCACGCGUAAGACGCUCAGUAAUUGGAAAAGGUUACAUCUGCGUUUUUGUAUGUUUUACAACAAAAGCUAUUCACCUCGAGCUAGCUUCAGAUUUAACCACCGACACGUUUCUCGCUUGCCUGCGAAGACAAAUUUCGAGGAGAGGUCUCAUGACUGAAAUACAUUGUGACAAUGCUAGCACAUUCAAAGGUGCCAAUAAUCAAUUAAACGAACUCUAUAAGUUGCAAAGCUCACAAAAUCACCGUCAGCAAGUUUAUAAUUUCGCUUCUCAACAGGGUAUUCAAUUCCAUUACAUACCAUGUUAUUCACCGACGUACGGAGGCAUAUGGGAAUCGUCCGUGAAAAGUACAAAGUACCACCUGAAAAGGGUGAUAGGUAAAAAUGUGUUAACCUACGAACAGUUAAGUACUGUGCUGUGUGAAAUCGAAGCAGUCCUCAACUCUAGACCGUUGCUACCCUUGACCGCUGACCCAACUGACUACUCUUACCUUACACCAGGUCAUUUUUUAAUUGGUAACGCCUUAAUGAUGUACCCUGAAAGCGAUAUCACUAAUAUCCCACAAAAUAGAUUAAAGUUUUGGCAAAUUUGUACUCAAAUCAAACAAUCAUUUUGGAAAGUCUGGCACAAAAACUAUUUAAAUGUAUUACAAAAUAGACCUAAGUGGAAAUUUGAUGUAUGUAAUGUUAAACUAGGUAGUCUAGUUAUUUUAAAAGAGGACAACGCACCUCCAAUGAUGUGGCCCAUGGCCAGGAUUGUAAAACUCUUCCCCGGGCAUGACAGCAAGGUUAGAGCUGUAGAAGUGAGAACUCCUAAUAAUAAGUCUCACAUUAGGGCUAUAAAUAAAAUUUGCAUAUUACCUAUUGAGGAUAAUAUUUAGUAAGUGAUUAAUUUUUUAAGUACUUGUUGAUGUAGUUGUAAUUCAACCUAACUUUGAUGUUAUUGUUAAACUGUUUUGUUAACACCAUUGUUAUUAUUGUGUUUUAUUAGAUAACUACAUGUGUAAUUUCCCUUUGUUGUUAAUAUAGUAUAACAUCAGUUGUUAAUAUACUUAAUGUUGUGUUUUGAAUGUUAUUUCCAAAUACGUAUAGGUAUAUUAUUAGAAAACCAUUAUUGUAUAAAAGUAAAUUGAUACCUAAAAGUGUUAAGUACAUAGGCACAUAGUUAUAUUUCAUACAUAUAUUAAGAAAAAUGUUAUUUGUUUUCUCAUCUUGUGAGGCCGCAGCAUGUUGGCUAGCAACAUUAAUUGUCUAUGAUUAUCUAUGUUUUCUAUAUUUCAUAUCAUUGUCUAUGUUCAACUUCCUCUUCCGUUUCUGCUCUUCACACGAAAAUACACGAAUCAAUCACAA